CUGGUUGAUAAUCAUUUAAAUCAAUGUCAAUUCAAUUGCUACAGGAAACACCAAGAGUAGCACAAUAAACAACAAUAAAUACUCAUGAUCAACUUGAAGAUUUACCCUGAAUAACAAUAAUAAUAAACUCUGUAUAUAUACAUGAUGACCCAAUGAUAGUGGUGAAAGUAUAUAUUUAAAUUGAAUUGCGUUCAAAUGCAACAUUGAUUCAGAAUCAUGAUAAUAACAACAAUUCAACUGAGACUUUGGUGAAAGUUUGAAACAUUUUAUUUCUGUUACACAUCAAGAUAUAUAAUAAAUCUGAAUACCAAACAUGAUAAUAAUAAUGAUAUAGCUGAAUAAAAAUAGGGAAAAGUGAUAACAAUAAAAAAAAAAGGAGCAUUGAUUCAGGAAUUCAGGUGAAUUCCUAUCUCUCAUGGAAAUCUGAAUACAUUCAUUUCAAGUUUCAUGAUAUUAUCAAAGGGAAUUCAAGUUACAAUCAAUAGAUGAUGAAGAAAGAAAAAAAUAAAGAGGAAAUAACAAUAAAAAAAAAGGUUAUAAUAAACAAAGUAAAUAUCACAAUUUACUGGAUUCAAUUCUGAUUCUAGACACAAUCAACUACACAUAUUCACCAUAGAGCAGAAGCAAAAAAAUAAAUAAAUAACUAAAAGGCUCAACGUAAAUGCCUGGAGGGCAAUUAACUAACCCAAGAAAAGAAAACCAAGUUUACUAUUAUAUAUAUUAACUUAACAGGAUGAUUAAAACAAUGAACAUUAAUGUUGACAAAUGAUAAUCACAUUAUUAUCAACUAAACUUACCUUGCAGGUAAAGUUUUUAAAUUGUUUCAGCAAAUUAAUUAAUAGUUUCAGCUUGUUAUUAUUAUUACUCAUUACAUGUUUACCUGAUAUAAGUUAAUUGUUUACAAUUAUAAUUACCAUGCAACAAAUAAUAGUACAGGCGAAAAGUAUUAAAACAAAAGUUAUCAACAUAUGAAAGGAUUGUUAUUGAUUUCUAUGCAAAUUGUUUAAUUUAAUUUCACUAAUCAACCAUCAUAAGGGAAAAAUACAAUUACUACAAUUAGAAGGACACAAUUUACAAAACUAUUGUAAUCAUGAGAUAAUAAUGAUAAUAAUUUAACGUUACACUGAAUCUAUCAAAAUAUAAGUAGCUAUAUAUAUAUUGGUAAACAAAUCAGUUAAUUAUCAUGACAAUCAGUAAAUUGAAAUGAAAUUAUAAUAAUGACAGGUAAUGGUUACCUGGAUUCUAGGACCUUGAUGUAAGAAAGUAAAAAAAAAAUCAACCAAAUGAAAACGGAAACAGUUAAUGAAUUAAAAGUAAACAAGGUACCACAAAAAGGUAACACUGACAAUUAACAACAUAUGAAGGUUUAAAUAAUAUAAUUAAAUAGUAAAAGUAACAAUUAUAAAUUUAGUUGACAAUUAACUCGAAACAGAGUAACAUUAAUGUGAUAAAAAAAACAACAACAUUCAUUUACUUUGACUCUCUGUUAUUAUUAACAACAUUUCAUAUUAUUAUUCAUUUGUAUUAUUGAUUAUUAAUAUUAUCAUAUUGAUGUAUAACUAUAAUUAGGUUUUAUCAUCAUUACUCACUCACUCAUUCACUCAUCUUUCUCAUUAAUUAUGAGUUACCUGGAUUUAUCUGUCAACUAUGUUUUCCUUUUCACCAUUGUGAUAAUACAAUUUUGUUCAGUGACCACAGAUGAGAUUAAUGUUACUACAUCAUCGCCAUCAUCAUCAGUAACUACAGUAACUUCAUCUCCUUCACUAGUAGUAGCCGGAAGUUUUUCAUCAUCACCAUCAUCUUUAUCUUCAUCACCAGCAGCAUCUUCAGUAUCCUCUUCCUCAUCAUCAUCAUCAUCUUCAUCAUCAUCAACAAUUUCACCCAUAACACUUUCAACAUCACCUUCGGUGUCAGAAACGACAACAACUGAUCCUAAUCAUCAAACUUGGCAACGAAGCUAUUACAUUAAUCAAGGAGUUCAACCUUGGUCCUAUGGUUACAACACAGGAAUUCAUCCUUAUACUGUAACCUACAAUUAUCCGGUUACCAGUACAGUGGUUUACCCAAAUAUGAACGAUAAUAAAGUUAAUCAUCAUAAUUAUAAUUAUUAUAAUAAUAAUAACAAUCAGAAUCAACCUCAUGAUAAUGUUGAAUUGGGUAAAUUUUUCUCAACCUCACCUCAAUCCAAUAAAGGAUCAAAUCAUUUUCCAGGAUUCACAAAUGAUGAUAUCCAAGGGAUCCCUUUAAAUGAUGAUCAAGAUAAUAACGAGAUGGUUAACCUUAUCAGCGGAAAUGGUCAACCCAAGUCAACACUGGACACUGAUGAACCAUUUCCAGUUAAUCAAAUUUCCGGUUCUGAUGAUGUAAACGAGGAUUUCACAUUGGAUGACAAUACAGUUUCAAAUAGUUUACCAUUUAACUUAUAAUCAAAAUUAACAACAACAACAACAAUCAACUAACCAACAAUAGUAAUUAUCAUCAUUGUAAAAAAUACAAAAAUCAUCACAAUCAAAUGAUAACAACAAAUCUUGACUACAGACAAAAGUUAAUUACAAACUAUGAUAAUUAAAGUGUUUGGUAAGACAAACUUAAUUUCAUAACUUUAAUGAUAAAUUUUAAUUAACAUUAAUAUAAUCAUCAACUUGAUCAUUAUAACUGUAAAAAUCAA